AUGAUUCAUCUAACGGGACAAAAUUACUCCUCCAGGGAGGUCAUACAGAACAUAUUUUCCCCCAUGGUGGGAGCCAUCGUUUCACAACAGGCGGAAGAGUUGUGCCAAAAGAACAAUCUUUCGUUCGUGGAAAUGUUGCAACCGUUCCUGAAGCUGUCCUCCGAUGCGCAUUUUCGGGACAUUGCCGGAACGAGUGUAUCGAUAAAGGGACUGCGGAUCAAUGUGGUGGACGUGAAUUGGCGCCCACCGCAGACCAUUAUUGCGAAGAAAAUGCUUAACGAAGCAGUCACUACGGCAAUUGGCGGUGAUAAGAUGAAAGCGACCAAGCUUGACGAUGGUAGCUUCGUGGACAUUCCCGCUGCCGAACCGUGGUUCGAGCAGUGGCGAGAGACGUUUCUGACCGUUCAAUUUCCGGCGGAUCAUGAAUUUACGCGCCACUUGCUGUGUUCGUUGAUAGUGGUAUCAAGCAUCGAUCAGAAUCCAAUCGAGACUGCCAGUCAGUUGACGAAAAAAAUUCAAAAGAUGCAAAAUGUUACACUGCCCCAGCUGCCCAAAUGGUUUGCCAACGAUGCGCUUAACUGCUACGUUAUGCUGCAUGAUGGAUGCUCUGGUGAUAUUGGAAAAGCGCAACAAGCUUUCGAUGGUUUAAAAUCAACGUACGGUGAGCAUAAGUGUUUCUUGUUGCAAAUUAACUCCCACGGUGGUCCACCGUCCGAUUGUCCCGAUCCUUGGUUGCGGUAUUUGAAGAAACAUCAACGGUCAGAACCGGCAACGGCAAGUGAUAUCGACAGUGCGCCUAAAACCCCUCAGGAUAUGGGCUCGGUGAUGGGAAUGCCCACGACGGUGGUGCAGUCAUCCAAUCUGCUAGUGCAUGGUGGCAUUAGUAGCAGUGGCAGUAGUGCAUCUUCUGAAACACCCCCUUCCGGAAUAGUGGUGGGCGAGGUGAUAGCCCACCCGUUGAGCCCGGUACAGGAAACGGGUAUCGAGAUACAGGAAACAUCGAGCCUCACGUCGAGCAUAGAUAGCUUGUCGUUGCAGACGAUUAACCCGAACGUAUGGCCCAUUGAGAGUGACAUUGAGGUGGCACAUGGAUCGUUCCUUACGGCGAGUGAUUUGGACAAUUUGAAACAUUUCGUACAGGAUUUCACUGUACGUGCUUUAAUUCCGUACGUAGAACGGUUGGUGGGCGUGCUGAAUGAUUCCAUAUCCAACAAAAAGGGUGUAAGUCGAUCGCUGCUCAGUGCCACGAAACGGUGGUUCGUUACGAACAAACCGGGCGUGAACACGAACCAAAAUGCGGUCGUAUAUACAAAUGAAUCGGCUGAACUGCAGACACGUAAGCUGGGCGAUCUGUAUUUCAUGUUCAGUCACUAUUCGCUUGCAUUCCAAGCGUAUCAUCAGGCGAAGCGUGACUUUAACGCCGACUCUGCGUGGCAAUAUUAUGCGGGCGCACUUGAGAUGGCAGCCCUGGCCGCCCAUAUGCAGGGCACAGCCAGUCGUAAGACGUACGAUUACAUGGAGGAAGCGAUUCUGACUUACUUGAACAGUUGCAAGUUGCCUCAAUUCGCUACCCGUGCGACCCUAUUAUCGAUGGAGUGUUUGCGAGCGGCUAAGCUGUACAAUGAAGCAGCCAAACAGCUUAUUCGUAUGACGAGCGAAGAUUCCGACCUCAGAUCGGCAUUACUGCUGGAGCAAGCGUCCUAUUGCUUCCUGCUAGCAAAUCCUCCCCAGUAUCGCAAGUAUGCGUUGCACUGCGUGUUGGCUGGCCAUCGUUUUUCGAAGGUUGGCCAGCGGAAACAUUCGUUUCGUACGUACAAACAGGCGUACCAAGUGUUCGAAAACCGAGGAUGGAGUUUAGCCGAGGAUCACAUACAAUACACGAUCGGUCGGCAGGCCUCGAACCUGAAGAAGCUGGACGAAGCGAGCAGCUGCUUAGCUCAUCUGUUGCGCCCUUCCAGCAUGCAGACGGCCACCCAGCAAACAUUGUUUCUGCGUGAGUAUCUCAGUACGAAAAAGGCGCUCCAUGCCAAGGGUGGCGAGGGUGGCGCCAAUGACAUUCCUUCGAUUGCUCUGCCAAAGAUUGUACAGCAGUUGACGAAGGUGCUGGUAACGUCGCCACCGCCGGUUUCGAAUCCGUUGCACAUUGCGGCAACAAACAUAAGCAUUAUGUCUGCUCCGUCGGAUGAACACGUGUGGAAUAAAAUGGAGGAAAUGCUGGUGCAGAGUGCAGCCGAACGUCCCGUGAUGGUAUUUCGACCAUCGAAAUCUCUCUUUUCGUUGGAAUCACCAGCCACAGAAAAUCCCCGUUCGGUGCACGGGGAACCGAUCGAAGUAGCGUUCAUCCUGGAAAAUACGAUCAAACCGUCGGUGCUGUUUGAAAACAUUAAUCUAUUGUGGGAGUUCCGCAAGGAGUCGGGCGAAAUUUUCUCCAAUCGGCCCCUCUUUCUGGGCGACGUCAGUUUGGAGGAGCGAUCCGAAAUCGAAAAUGUGGUGGCAUCCAGUUUUGUGGCGCUGGUUACGUUCGGUGAGCAUGAAACGAAAACGCUGAUACUGAAGCUAACCCCACGCAGCACUGGUCAGCUGCGGAUACUGGGAAUUGUUGGGAAAAUAUCAGCCGUACAGCCAACCGGCACUGGUGAUGCUCCGUCACUUUGGGGCAAGCAACUGUUCGAAGCGCAACCGAUUCGGAUCGGUAGUGCGGGUGGUAAGGAGGGCAACAAAGCGGCAUUAGCAACUUCACCGCCAGUACUAACGUUUGAUCGGAAGCUUGAGAUUGAAAUUUUGCCUCCAGCACCGGCACUACACGUAAGCUUCAGCCGUGCACCUACGGAAGUUUUGGCCGGAGAAGUCAUCCCAAUCAAAAUGAACAUGACGAAUGCGGGCGUUAGUGUGCUGAACGAUAUCUACGUUUGCAUCGAUAACCCACGGUACGUGCUGCUGAAUCCGAACGAAGCCGAUAUACCGCUGUCGAUACGGCGCGAGUUACAGAACCUUGCUAACGAAAACGUCGGACGCGACCGGGAAGCUCGAAAGCAGUACGUAUGCCGAGCGUUCCGCGAGUCGGAUGGAAAUUUUAUUGCACCGAACGAAACGAAAACGACCACGCUGUGGUUGCAGGCCCCGUAUUCGAAGGGCCAGAAAGAUGUCAAAUUGAUGAUUUACUACGCAAUGCCGCAGGACUAUCCAAAGUUGAAGCACCGUCUGGUACGGCACACGUGGAACUUUAACGUAAACGAUUCGUUACUGGUCGACGCAAACUGCAACUUGAGUAAUCCGACAAAACGUGAGCUGGGCAUUGAUGUGAAUGUGAAAAAUCUUAAUCAAGUGCAUCAUCCGUUGAUGACGGAAGUCAUUAUGACCGAGCUAAUUCUUUACUGUUCUGUGUACGAGCUGCAGCAAAACAGGGUGGUUUAUAUUAAAACACCUGGCCAUGCUAAAUUACAGUCUGGUGCGGGAUUGAAAACAAAUGAAACGGUUAGCUUACGUUGUAAUCUCCAGCGUCGUGCGGCGGAGGUAGCUUAUGAUGGUAACUUUCAACAUUACGUUUCCCAGAAGCUUUCGACGAUAUGUGUCCGGGAGCCGGAACCUGCCGCGAAGGCAACCUUGCCAGCACUCGAUGCUGUGGGCAGUUUUCUGCUUAAGAACGAAACUAAAUUCAUACGGGUUUAUGAACCCGGAAGCAAUGAGGAAUUCAACCAAAUCGUCAACCAACGUGACAACCAUAUGACAUUGUGCGUUAAUUGGUCCGCAACGAUCAACGAUAAUGGCGCAUCGCGCAAAGCUUAUGGACAACAUUUUGUGCAGCUGAGAAAUCUUUACGAUUCCGUGUACUGUCCACCGUCAGAACGCUUGCAGCAAAUUACGUUUGCCGGUCAGUCGGAUGUGUAUGCUAUAUUCGAUGAUUUGGAAAAGGUGAUGCCUGUUGAAAAUGAAGAUAUUGAUAAUGGUUGGGGAGUGAAUCACAGCUUUGUAGCACAGAGGUGCUUCCUGGAGGAGAGUUUCCACUCAGUAGAGCUGAGAGCGUAG